CAACAAAGCCAGCAGGUUUAAGAGAGGAAAAUGCUAAGAUGUCCUUGUUAACGUCUGGACCAAAGGAAGAGGAAGCGUCGCCACCUAGGGAUUCGGAUUCGGAGGAGGGAACAGCAAAUCCAUCAACUACAAAAGUGGAAAAUGGUAUCAGCAUUAUUGAAAAUGCUCCUCAAGUGCGAAAUGCUAAUGGCAGUUUUACUGCUGUGUGCCGUAGUAACAGAAGUGAUAAGAUGUCCGCAUUAGAAUCUGGAGAAAAUGAAGUUGUAGAAGUACCUUUGGACUCGGCUUGUGAGAGUAUCUCAAAGAGUCCUGUACAGAAGGAUGUUGGUCCUUCAUCUAGGGCUGUAGAUCAAAAAGGAAGAAAUACAGUAAAUGGACAAAUAGAAGGUUCAUACCAUGAAAAUUUGAGUUCUUCACCACACAGUGACAGAGCAUCAAAAGUAUAUCUAAAAGAAGAAUUACGGCAAGAUACGCAAAAGUUUAAGAAUGAGGUAGACAUGUUACAAGUCAAAUUACUGUCUGUGGAGAAAGAAAAAGGUCUGCUUGAAAAAGAGAUUUCUCAUAGCCAAGAAAGAGAAAAAGAUCUACUCCAUAAGAAUCGCAUGUGGCAGGAGGAACUUGCCAUGGUGAGAAUGGAGAGAGACAAAAUUAAAAGUCAGAAUGAAGAAAAUGAAAAGAAAUAUCCAAAGGACACGGAAAUGAUGAAAGAAAAGUAUGACGUUUACAUGACUCUAUUGCGGAAUUUGGAAACAUUAACUAAAACUGUGUGUCAGUAUGGUGAGCAGCUUUGUGUUCUCACAGCUGAGAAUGCAAUGCUAAAGUGUAAACUGGAGAGUGAAACACAAAACAAGGAAAGACUGGAAGAAGAACUUGCCUCUUGCCAUUCCAGACUGACUGCCGCUACACGUGAUCUUGAUGAAAGUGAAACAUCAAGAAAACACCUAGAGCUUGCUUUCUGCACAGCAAGAGAUGAGUGGGAUCACUUACAAGACAAAAUGAAUUUUCACAUGUCGAAUCUAAAAGAAAACAAUGAGAUUCUUUCUGAAAAACUUUCUAAAGCAGAAAGUAAGAUCGAUAGCCUGGAAACGGAGCUCCAUCACACAAGAGAGCUCCUCCGAGAAAAAACGUUUUUAGAAGUUGUACAAAGAGACCUAAGGCAAACACAGUGCCAAACGAAGGAAAUAGAACAAACGUAUGGCAGUGACCAAAGCAAAGUGAAUCCACACAUGGGCAAGCAGGAAUCUCUAGAGCAGAGAUUCUGUGAACUACAAAGAGAAAAUAUGUUGCUUCGACAGCAACUACAUGCUGCUCACAACAAAGCUGCCCAGAAAGACGAGACAGUAACCAAUAUCCAGGACCAGCUUCAGGAUAUUGUGAAACAAAGUCAAGCUGGCAGUGACAAGCAAAGUCUGCUUCUAGAAGGAAAACUUCAGGAGCUCACCAAUGAAUGUGAUCGUUUAAAAGAAACAAUGUGUCAUUUGGAAAAAGAAAGAACAAUUGAUCAACAAAAACAAGCACUGGAAUUUCCAUGUUCAAAAUGUGGACGUCAAUAUGCAAAGAAUCAAGUUGUUCAGCCGGAAUCGUUACCUAAGGAAAUAAUCCAAGAAAGAUAUGAGAAAUUACAGACAAAGAAUAUGAGGUUGAAGCAAGCAAUAGUAGACCUCAAAAAUUACAUGGAAAGGAAUAUGGUAGACCGUCAUCAAGCUGACCAGUAUAAACAGGAGAUUAAAGCAAAAGCCGAACAGACUGUUGCAGAACAAUUCAAAAAAAUCAAUCUGUUUUUGCAGGCCUAUGCAGCACAACGAGAUAAGAGACAAGAAUUAAAAGAGAAAGAAGUGGCUGCAGUAAAGCGUGAGAUGGAACUGAAAGUUAAAUUUCUCGAAUCUAAACUCCACAAAAUGAAAAUGUAUCAAGAAUUUAAUAAUGUUGAAUUGCAAAAGAUAAGCUACUCUAUGAAGUUAGAAGGAGAAGCUAAAAAAUCCUUGGCAUGUGGACCAGAAACACUCCACACUUCAUUCCUGCAUCCCUGUGGAAGUGUCCAGAGGCAGGCUGAAACUGUUCACAGAAUAACGAAACCCUCCUCAACUUCUCAGACUCCUACGAAGGAUGCCACUACGGUGAGGAGAGAGGAGACCACUCAUCGGUAUACUACAUGGCAGCGUAGCCUGGCAUCAGGAGGCCUGAGGAUCUGUAGGAUCUUGGGGUUUCACUUUCCACAUCGGUACAAUGAGAAUAAAAUGGCACCUGACUGCAUACCUGGAGAGCGUUUACAGAAAGCAUACUCUAUGCAGGAUGCCUGUGGAGGGGACACCAAGGGCCCGUGUGGGAAAGGACUUGACCGAGGCCUGCUGCCAGCUCUAGGUGCCUUUCACCGUCCCUCCAGCGACUGCAUCCUGGAAAUCCCAAAGCAGGAAUCAACAUCUCUCAAAGGGCUUCUUUAACAAACCAGUUUGUGAAAUGUUUAACUACGGAAAGCCUUACACAGCAUUUGCAGUCUUCAUCUGGUUGUGUUUACAUUAAAUCACCUUUGUUGCAAAGAAUAAAAUAAAAUGAAAUUUAAAGUGUUCUGGAAAAUUUGA